AUGCGCAUCUCGAGCCUUUUCGCGGUCGCUACCGUUGCCCUCGCGGCUCCCGUCCCCGAACCUCCCGGUAUUCCUAGCACUAGCACCGCCGAGAGUGACCUCGACAGCCUCCAGGUUGCCCUUCCCGGCUCCGGGGCCGACUACUCGCGCGCCGAGUUUCCCCACUGGAUCAAGGUCGAGGGCAGCUGCACCGCUCGGGAAUAUGUAUUGAAACGUGAUGGCCAAGACGUCCAGACCGACUCGUUGUGCAAAAUCACAUCCGGUACUUGGGUCAGCCCAUACGACAACACUACCUGGACCAACAGCAGCCUGGUUGACAUUGACCAUCUCGUGCCCCUCGAGAAUGCUUGGAUCUCUGGUGCCUCGAGCUGGACAAAGGCGCAGCGUCAAGACUUUGCCAACGAUAUCAAUCGCCCUCAGCUCUAUGCUGUCAGCGAAAAGGCCAACCGCUCCAAGGGCGACCGCAGUCCUGACGCAUGGAAGCCGCCUCUCACGAGCUUUUACUGCACAUACGCCAAGUCCUGGGUCGCCGUCAAGAGCUACUACAAGCUGACUAUUACCACGGCCGAAAAGGUUGCGCUGAGUGACAUGCUCGGCACCUGCUAA